AUGGGCCUCAACACACUUUUUAGAGGAGGAAAGACGAAGAGGGAGAAGGGAAACAUGUACACGAAACAGAUGGGAAGGAGGCAGCCGACCUAUGACGUGAGCCGGGCCUGGUUGGUGUCGGCGUACGGCCGGAGGUUCUACGCCACUAAACUGGACUUCGCCGCACGCCGGAUCGGGGCGAUCGGCUUCCAGGUCGGGCACCAGCUCAUCGAGAGGUUUCCCUCGACUCUUUCUAUUGUUUGGGCUGAUCGUGUGAGGUUUAGUGGGCAGGAGCCGUCGUUUCUGGACGAUAACUGCGAAUGCCGAAGAUAUACAAUUGAACGUCCUCGAUUUAGUGAUUAUUUUUCAAAUGCAUGGUUAGAGCUGUUCAAGAAGCAGAUUGAUAACUUGAAGACCAAUCACAGGGGCACCUUUGUUCUGCAAGACAACAAGUUCCGUUGGUUUACUCUUGUAUCUAUUGAUCCUUCAUCGGAAGACGAUGAAGCAUCUCAGGGCUCUUCGUCUGAAGCCGCAAACAUGCUUCUACACUUCCCAUGUGGAAUUAUAAGGGGAGCCUUGUCAAAUGUGGGAAUUUCCUGUGCUGUUUCUGCUGAUGCAUCAAAUCUCCCUUCAUAUAUGCCAUUCAUAAUUGUGAAUGCACUGAAGUUUUUCAUCUAA